GUAUUUUUGGAGUUAAUGGAGUCAGAAGGACCCCCAGAGUCAGUGAGUUCAGAAAAAUCAAUAUUUUUCUCACAGCAAGAAGAAGAAGAAGAUGAAGAAGAAGCAGCCCAAGAACCAGAGAAAACAGUGGCCACGAACCCUCUCUUACAACCUGCUGUCACAGGAGACGUGGAAGGUUUGCGGAAGAUUUUCGAGGACCCUGAGAGUCCUCACCACCAACAGGCCAUGCAGCUACUCUUGGAAGAAGACAUCGUUGGGAGAAAUUUGUUAUAUGCAGCUUGCAUGGCUGGGCAAAGUGAUGUGAUUAGAGCUUUGGCAAAAUAUGGUGUGAAUCUGAAUGAAAAAACCACCAGAGGGUAUACACUCUUACACUGUGCUGCAGCCUGGGGUCGUUUGGAAACUUUGAAAGCACUAGUGGAACUGGAUGUUGACAUAGAAGCUUUGAACUUCCGGGAAGAAAGAGCUCGAGAUGUGGCUGCUCGGUAUUCCCAGGCUGAGUGUGUUGAGUUCCUGGACUGGGCGGAUGCAAGGCUGGCUCUGAAAAAAUAUAUCACAAAGGUCUCUUUAGCCGUUACUGACACAGACAAGGGACCAGGGAAGCUCCUUAAGGAAGACAAGAACACUGUUCUCAAUGCGUGCCGUGCAAAAAAUGAGUGGCUGGUAUCCCAUUCGGAAGCUUCCAUUAAUGAGCUUUUUGAGCAGAAACAACAAUUGGAAGAUAUCGUGACUCCUAUUCUCACAAAAAUGACUAUACCACGUCAAGUGAAAAGUGCCAAAUCUGUAGUCUAAGCCAUGGUCAGAAGAGAAGUCAAGAUUAUACCUUCUACUGAACAUAAAUUUUGUAAAAGGCCACAUUUUCUUCUAGUAUCUGAAAAGACAAACCUAUCAUGCCAAUUAAAGUCAAGAAAAUAUAUGUGGGGUUUUAUAACAAUGUUUAAGUACAACAGUACAUCACCCUUGUUUUGUUUGGCCUGUUCAGCAUGCCUGUGUCCAGACUGUCUGGCCUUCCCCGCCUCCUCCAAGCACAGCCCCAUGUGAGUUGCAUGCAUUCCUUCAGGAAAGCAUUUGGGUACAAAUCACUCCCAGAUACUAUAUGGAGGUUUUAAAACUACCUAGAGAAUCUAGUAAUUUGCUGUGUAAUUGAGACUUUCCAUAAAAGAAGGCAUAUGUGGCUAUUUCCAGAGGAAAACUUUGUUCUCCUUCUCUAAAAUGAAAGUCUUAUGUAAUGACAUUCUGGAGCAAGGAAAUAAUAAGAAUUGUUUGGAUCAGGGCUUCUGGUUAUAACUAUUACUUUUUAUGUCCAAAUUAAACUUCACCUGUAAGGUGGGAUAUAGUCUCUGAGCAAACCACCUAUUUUAACCUCCUUCUAUCUUUAAAUUAAUAAACAUAGGUCUGUAUAAUUUUAUACU